GAUUUUAAUGCUUUUAUUUUGAAAUUACAUGCAAACAAUUAACCAACAUAAUUAUAAAAAAAAAAAAGGUGACUAAUUAGCCUACUUGUUCAACACUUUUAUUGCUGCAUUUUCGCAAUAUGUCGAACUCUAGCCGACUUCUGCUCUCACAUUUCUUGAGGGAAUGACUUGCGCCGUCGGUGAAAAAGCCACUUCCUAAAUACCAGCAAGUUGUGCGCUCUUGGAAAGUUGUGCACACAUCAGGGAGGCAUCUCUGUCUGUCUGGUGUCGGACUCCUCACAGGAAUGCAGCGGGAAGUGUGAGAAGCGCUGCUUCAACUAAAAGUAGGACUGAGUUCGGUUUUCUCAUGUUGCCAUAUUUAGUUUAAAGCCAUUGUUUCGGGUUUUUGGGGGGGGGGUUUUGUAUGAGAGUAUGUUAACCAGGCUGCUUGUCCAAGAAGUCACUUUAAUCUUCACACCAUCGACCGUCAAGGAUUGUUAAAGACUGAGAUCUUCAAGGCGACUUCUGCUGCGUGAUGGGCUGCAACAAGGUGCUGUUGGGGGUGGUGGGGGCGGCUGUCGUCAUCACGUUAAUAACGAUCCCUGCGGUUUAUUUCAGCAAAUCUGGCGUUACCAAGAGGCCAUUCACCAUCCAAGAUUACUUCAACGACACCAUUAGAUGGAAAUCCUACAGUUUGUAUUGGAUAUCAGAUAAGGAGUAUCUGCAUAAAGAAGUAGACGGGAAUAUCUUCCUCCACAAUGCUGAAACAAAUGAGCAGUCACUAUAUCUGAGCAAUUCAACCUUUGCCCAAGUAGAUGCCAAAGAUUACAUGUUGUCAGGCGAUUAUAGAUACAUCGCUUUUGAAAGCAAUAUCACAAAGAAAUGGAGACAUUCAUUCACAGCCUCUUACUCCAUCUAUGACAGAGAGAGUUCAACAUUUGUUUCGCCUGUGAAUCUCCCACCUAUUGUGCAAUACUUUGCUUUUGCCCCAACAGGAAACCAAUAUGCUUACGUCUCAGAUUACAACGUUUUCUUCAAAUCUGAUGUCACUGCUGAAGCUGUACAGCUGACCUACAACGGGAAAAAGAAUGAGAUCCUUAAUGGUGUUCCUGACUGGGUGUAUGAGGAGGAAGUGUUUGCAUCAAAUGGAGCCAUAUGGUGGUCAUCAAGUGGAAAAUUCUUGGCCUAUGCGGAGUUUAAUGAUACAGAAGUUCACAAAGUGGAGUUCUCUUGGUUUGGAGCUGACCAGUAUCCUGAAACAGUGGCUGUUCCAUACCCAAAGGCUGGAUCGCCCCUUACCAAAGUGAAACUGUUUGUGGUUGAUACCACAAAUCCGUCCCGCCGCUCUCAGGUGUUCCCCCCUGUGUCUGUAGCUUCUGGUGAUCACAUGUUGUGCUCAGUGACCUGGGUAACAGAUGAACGCGUCGCUGUGCAGUGGGUCACAAGAAAACAGAAUUACGUGGUUGUGCAGAUCUAUGACUUUGAUGGGAGCCGCUGGCAAGAAAAACAGAAAUUUGAGCAAACAAGUAAGACAGGCUGGGUCGGCCACUAUGUGCCCUUACCUCUUUUCUUUGCUGAAGAUAAACUCAGUUUCUACAAAGUGAUGAGUGACACUCAGGGCUACAAACAUAUCCAUUAUGUGAAAGAUGGCAAAGCAACACCUAUUACCUCAGGGAAGUGGGAAGUCAUCUACAUCUCCAAAUUAACAAAAGAUGCCAUAUAUUUUGUGAGUAAUGAGUACCAAGGAAUACCUGUAAAGAUUAAUCUUUACAAGGUUAUAAUUGGAAGCAGCCCUUCUGCUCCCCAGUGUCUCACCUGCGACCUGCGUAAGGACAGGUGUCAGUACAACUCUGCUUACUUCAGCUUUGACGCCUCUUACUACCGAAUGGACUGCUACGGACCUGGGUUGCCCCUCUACACACUAAUGGACAACAGGGGCUCAACUCCAGUAGAGCUGGCCAUUCUGGAAGAAAACAAGGCACUGGAAAAUAUUCUGACAGAAUUCCAAAUGCCAACAAUGAAGUAUGGCACACUAAAGGUCGCAGGACAUGAUCUUUGGUAUCAAAUGAUGUUGCCACCAAAUUUCAAGAAGUCAAAAAAAUAUCCUCUUCUCAUUGAUGUGUAUGGUGGCCCCUGUAGUCGGCAGGUGGACUAUCGUUUCAAGCUGAACUGGGGCACAUACCUCUCUAGUGCACACGGGAUUAUCGUCGCCAGCUUUGACGGAAGAGGAAGCGGCUACCAAGGUGAUGAAAUCAUGCACGCAAUCUACAAGCGCCUUGGGACGUUCGAAGUGGAGGAUCAGAUAACAGCUGUGAGGAAAUUCAUUGAGAUGGGUUUUAUCGACAAAGACAGAAUAGCAAUUUGGGGCUGGUCAUAUGGUGGCUACGUUACCUCAAUGGCCUUGGGUGCCGGAACAGGACUCUUCAAGUGUGGAAUAGCCGUUGCCCCAGUAGCCAAGUGGGAAUAUUAUGACGCAGUGUACACUGAACGCUACAUGGGCAAGCCCUCUGAGAAUUCAGACUCUUACAAAAAUUCUACAGUGACAUCCAGAGCAAAGAACUUCAAAACAGUAGACUAUCUAUUGGUUCAUGGCACAGCAGAUGACAAUGUCCAUUUCCAGCAGGCAGCACAGAUCUCCAAAGCUCUGGUGGACGAGCAAGUGGACUUUGAGGCGAUGUGGUACACAGACAAGGACCAUUUGCUCAGAGGAUCAGCCUACCAUCAUAUAUACACCCUCAUGAGCCACUUCCUGCAGAAAUGCCUUGUUACUUCCAAAUAGAUGUGAAGAAUGUGACAAUAAACACAACCACCGUUUUUUCUCCUAAUUUGUACGUAUAUAUAUUUUUUUAUUUUUCCGAUAUUCUGAAGUAUCAGGUUUAAGUCUGUACAUUUGUUUUUAUAUGUGCAAUGGAUAUUCGAUUGUUACAAAUGUGCAUUUGUAUUUUAUACUGAUUUAAGGAACCCUUUCUAAACUAGCCAACAUUCAAAACAUACUUAAAGCCAUUGCAUGCAUUUAUGGUUAAAAACAUGUUUUAAUGUGAAUAUGAUAUAAUACAAUAUAUCAGUUGCGCUACACUGUUUGUUGUAUGUUGAGUGUUGCAUUUGUGUUGCAAUUAUGUUUUAAUAAAUUAACAUUUUUUUUUUGAAGAUA